AACUAAUAUUUUUGUACUAAUGGGACGCCGUUACACCGUUUUUUUGUGAAUAUUUCAAGAUGGCUUCCAAGAAAAAGCAGGAAGACAAACAUCUGCAAAUAUUAAGACAAUUAGUAGCAGAGCAGCACAAUAAAAAAUGUUUCGAUUGCGGGCAAAGGGGACCAACUUAUGUCAACAUGACAAUCGGUGCCUUUGUUUGUACCUCUUGCAGCGGAUUAUUGAGAGGUAUUAACCCACCUCAUCGUGUUAAAUCAAUAUCUAUGGCUAGCUUUACAGCAUCUGAAAUUGAGUUUUUGCAAAAGCAUGGCAAUGAGGUGUGUCGUAGCAUAUGGUUAGCAUUAUGGAAUUCAGCCUCACCUCCUGAACCAGAAUCGCGCGAUGAGCAAAAAUUAAAAGAUCUUAUUAGUCGCAAGUAUGAGAGAAAGAUGUGGUACAGCAGUCAACCUGUGGUUCGUGAGCCUGAAACUCAAGAGCCAGAAGUUAAACCUUUAAAAGCCCUUUUAGGUGAAAGUGCUCCUCAGGUGGUAAUGUCUUCCCAGAAAGAGCAAAAAUCUCAGAGAACUGCCUCAGUCUCAAGUCUAAAUAAACCUGCUCAAGUUUCAACUUUGAAAAGUUCAGAUUUGUUAGGUGAUUUAGGUAGUGAUCCAUUUGGUGCAUCUACUGUAACCUCUACCAAUUCUAAUCAGACUUUUGGGAUAUUUAAUCAACCUUCAACUCAAGAUCAGUUUGCUACAUUAAAUUCAGUAACUGGAUAUUCAGCACCUCCUUUUGAUUUUUUUGCAAAUUCAUCUGGUCAAUCACAGCAUGCGUCAGACUUUUUUUCCUCCUCCCAACCGAUAAACUUAAGCGGAACAUCAAAUUCAGUUCCAGUCUCGGAUAAAUACGCAGCAUUUUCAAACACAGAUCUCUUUAAAGCAAGUGAUUCACAUGCUGGGUUCAAUGGGUCAGUAUUCAGUAGUAUAUCUUCCGACAAUAAAGGCUUGGGUUCUCAACCUAAUCCAUUUUUGUCAUCAGGAAAUGCUUCCAGAUUAAGUAACGAACAUCAGCAGCAGCAAGCAAAACCAAAUCCUUUUUAUAGCAAUUCAUUUUCAACACAAACUCAGAUAUCGAACCAAAAUUCUUCAGUACAAUUUUCUGCAAAACAAAUUCAAGAAAGUGCACACCAAGGAUUUCAACCUAACAUUCAAACACUUCAACAAAAUCAAUUUUUGAAUCAACAAAAUUCAAGUGGUUUCCUAAAUCAGCCUUCAGGUUUUGGAAAUCAACCUACUAAUUUUGGUAAUCAACUUUCUAAUUUCGGAAACCAGUCUGCAGGGUAUGGAAAUCAAUCUGUUGGGUAUGGAAACCAAUCUGCAGCGUAUGGGAAUCAAUCUGUUGCUUUUGGAAACCAACCUACAUCUUUCGGAAGCCAAACUGCAGCUUUCGGAAGCCAACCUGCAGCUUUCGGAAGCCAACCUGCAGCUUUCGGAAGCCAACCUGCAGCUUUCGGAAAUCAACCAGCAGUUUAUCAAAAUAGUUACAAAUCUCAACAAACUGACUUGAAUGUUAUUUCACAACGAAAUGUAUUUGGGUCACCUCAAUCUAAUGACUUUUCAUCAAACAAUUUUGCUGCAAGUGGCAAUAUACAAAUUAAUGAUGCAUUCGGACAAUCUAAUCAGUUGAAUACUUGGAAUAAUAAUCAAAAUAUCGCUAACCAAUAUACAAAUACAUUACACCAAUCUCAUCAACAAACUUUAUUUCCAGGAGUUUCUAAUAACCAAGCGUUUCAUCAAGGAGUUAACGCACCAAAAGGAUUACAAAGCAAUAUGAAUAUUCUGCAAAGCCAUAUACCCGACAAUCAACUAUUACAGAAACAACAAACUCUCAAUCCGUCUCCGAUAAUUAAUUAUCAAAACCAGGCUCCAAGCAACCAAUCAAAUUUUUCAUCGUUCAGCAAUGUUCCCCAACAGCAGCAGUUUUGGACGCAGACUCAACCUGCAUCGAAAUCAACAAAUCCUUUUCUGUAACAGCUGAUACGUUUUGAUUAGACAUAUUUUUUUAUACAAACAGAAUGUAAUCGACAUUUUCUGCUUAGAAUUGAUAAACAUUUGUGCUUUUAAUUAGAUUCUUCUUUUAAGGUAAACCUACAAUUAGUAUAAAAGUAUACUAUUUUGUAUUAUUCAAUUCUAUGCGCUUUGUGUGAUUUUGCUUUUUUUUGCGUACAUUAUAGAAUUCUAUUAGUUUGGUUAAGGACUACCUUUUUUUUAAAAAAUCUACUCAAAUAGUUACGUGUGCUAGUUUAGAAGGUAUUGUUCAUGUAUUUAAAAUUUAACUUGUAAAUCGAAGAUUGUAUUAUAUUUGAAAAUUAAUUUUAUAUAUUCUUAAGUUUUUGUUUAUCAGUUUGUACUUUUUUGCUUGUAUUUUUUUUUAUUAAGAUUUAAAAAUGGUAUAAUAAUGCUUAGUCAUUUAUAAUCUAAUUUA